AUGAUCCAGAAUAUAGGCUUACAGGAUUUCGAAAUCUGUUAGACACAUAGAGAAAAAAUAGUUUACAUUGAUAAAGAAUAAUCAGACUCAGCAAAAAGGGCCCUAUGCUAUCAAUGUGUUGCUGAAUAGGAAAAAAAUAGAAAUCUAAAAAUGAUAGAUAAUAUCAAAAGCCAACUAUCUAAUUUAAUGGAGUAUUUAAUUUAAAACAGAGAAUCGCGAACAUAAUAAAAUAUUGAUUUGUUAAAAGAAUUACAUAAUUUUUUACAAUAAUAAUAAGGAAAAUUUUGUUACUAAAUAGAAAAAUGUCAAUAGAACAUAUAUAAUUAAAUAAGUCUGUUACAAAAGGCUAACUUAUAAUACAAAAAUAAAAUAAGCCAAAUAACAAUACAUGAUUUGAAUAGUCCAGACAAACUAAAGUCUUAGAUAAAAAAAGAAGUUAUAGAUUGCAAGGGUGUAAAGGAAUUUUUGAUAAAACAAAUAAAUGGUUUUGAAGUAUUUUCAAUAAAGUAAUAAUUUGAAGAAAGAAUAUAAAAAAUUGAUUUUGGAGAUUAAAAUUUAGAAUUAGAAUAACUAUGUAAUUUGGAAUUAGUGAACAACGAAAAUGAAUAAUAACAAAAGAAUAUUUGGAAGUGUGACCUACAUAAGGAGGAGAUUAUGUUUAUAGAUUUGGGACAUCAAUAAACUAUUCCUAAUCGAUUGGCAUGUAGAAAAUGUGUGCCAAAAUAUAAUAUUUAGUUUACAAAUAUCGAAGAUUUGUAAAUGUAAUGGUAAAAGUAUGAUUAAGAUACUCAAAAGUCAGCUUAGGCCUAUCUAAAUUUCCAAAAAAAGAUUAAUAAUUAAAUUUUAAAAACAAUAUAAGAAUUCAAGACUGAAGUCAAUCAGGAUAUUGAUGGAUUAUGUUAAUUAAUUUAAAAAUCACUUUAAUUCAACGUUUAUGAUUCAUUUUACAAACCUUUUACAUUGUUAUAGAAAGAUUGGCUAACCAUUUCAAGGGAUGAAAUCAUUAUUAUUGCAGAUUCUAUAAGUUAAAAAAAUAGAGACUAAAUUAUUAAAGCAAAUGUCAGAAAUGAAUUCAAAAAUAAUGAGUAAUUUAUAAAAAAUACUAUUGCAAGUAAUUUCUAAAAGAUCUAAAGUCUUAUCAAUACAUUAUUAUCUGAGAUAUAGGAAACAAUACCUUAAGAAAACAAUCUUUAUCUAUAAACUAAAAAACACUAUUAAAUAAGAAAACCAAAAAAUUAUUCAUUUCUUGGUCCUACAACAACCCGUAAUGAACAAUUCCUUACUGAAAACUCUCCAACAAUUAAGAGAGAAUUUAAUAUUGAGUCUAAUCGUGAUUCUUUAGAAAUAGAUACAAUUGAUCGAGAUUCUCCUUAAUUAAACAAGAUUUCUAGGAUGAAAUCCCUUUUUAGGUAAAAUUGGGCCAAAAACAUUUAAAGGCCAUUUCAAUAUGAAGUGGUCUGUGAGAUUAAUGAAAACUCACAAACUUUUACCUUUGCCAUUAAUUCUUAAUGUUCAAUUUUGGUUUUGGGAUAAUAUAGAGGACAAAUCAAAGUUUUCUCAUUUUCUAAUGGAUCAUUAAAAUUGAUAUAGGUUUUAAGUGAACAUAAUUUUAAUGUAAAAUGUCUUUACUUUAUGAAACAAUCUUCAUCAUUUUUAUCUGGGAGCAAUGAUAGAUCCAUAAUAAUUUGGGAGGAAGAUUAUAAUAAAAGGUGGUAUAGUUGUCAGAAAUUAGUAGGUCAUUAAGGGUAUGUUUAAUGUCUCAUCAUGAAUACUUAAGAAAACCUUAUAAUUUCAGGUAGUUAAGAUAAGACUAUAAUAUUUUGGAUCAAAGAAAUUGAUUGGAAGUGUCAUUAGAUAUUGAGGGCACACGAAAAUAGUGUAAGGAGUAUUAGUUUAAAUGCUGUUGAAGAUUAAUUAAUAUCUUGUGCAGAGGAAGAUUUCAAAGUAUUAGUUAUAUAACUUUAAAACGAUCAUAAAACUUGGGCCAUAGUACAUGAGAUUAAAGUAAAUUACUGGGGUUCAAGUGUACUUUUCAUAAAUGAAAGUAUGUUUGCAUUCUAACCACAUGGGAUUGAUUAGCUUUAUCUCUUCAAAUAAUAAAGGAAUUAGAAAAAUUAAUAUAUCUUUAAGGAAUAGAUAGCUAUUAAAAGUGGACAAAAUUGUACUGCUUUAUUUCCUCUAGUUUUCAUAAAGUAAAAAUCUAUUUUGAUGACAAAAAAUGGUCUAUUUAUCAAUAUAAUUCGAAAAGAUAAGAAUGAUGAAUACGUAAUUGAAUAAUCAUUCGAAAAUUCUGUAAAUUGUUGCGGAAUUUAAGGAACUCUGUCAUCAAAUGGAGAAUUUCUAAUAAUAUGGGAUGGACAAGUCAAUAGGAUCAUAGUAAGGAGGUUUGAACAAUAUUGA